AGGUGGGGAAGGGGCUGUGUGUUUGGAGAGGAGCGGGAGGCAGUGGGGGUGGCGGGCAAUGGGGAAGGGAAAUGGGUUCCGUGCGCUCUCCGCUCUCCGGGGGUAUUGUGUCAGGAGAUGCAGGCUGGCUACCAUGUGACGCGGUCCAGAGCUAAAGGGAUUGGCCGAGGCGGCGCAGGCGGUGCAGCUCGCCGGCUUGCUGUUCCUCUGCCUUUCUCUCUCAGCAUCUUCCUGGGAGACUGUAGGUGAAGCAGCACCAGCAGCAUCCAUGGCUUGUCUUUCGGGUUAACACUUGUCUCCUUUGGCUUGGCAGCAAGCAGAGCAGACUUCAGCGGCAGCUUUCUGAGGACUUAGCUGGGACCUGGAAGUGUAUCCUCCUGUGUUUUUUCUGACUUCUUGGAAAUUAAGGAAUGCAAUUCUGCCACCAUGAUGGAAGGACUGAAAAAACGUACAAGGAAGGCCUUUGGAAUACGGAAGAAAGAAAAAGACACUGACUCUACCGGCUCGCCAGAUCGAGAUGGAAUGCAGCCCAGCCCACACGAGCCACCCUACCAUAGCAAAGCAGAGUGUGCGCGUGAAGGAGGGAAGAAAGCUUCGAAGAAAAGCAAUGGAGCACCAAAUGGAUUUUAUGCAGAAAUUGAUUGGGAAAGAUAUAACUCACCUGAGCUAGAUGAAGAAGGUUACAGCAUCAGACCUGAGGAACCAGGCUCUACCAAAGGAAAGCACUUUUACUCUUCAAGUGAAUCUGAAGAGGAAGAAGAAUCACACAAGAAAUUCAAUAUCAAGAUUAAGCCCUUGCAAUCUAAGGACGUCCUUAAGAAUGCAGCGACAGUAGACGAGCUGAAGGCUUCCAUAGGCAACAUCGCACUUUCCCCGUCACCUGUGAGGAAAAGUCCGAGGCGCAGCCCGGGUGCAAUUAAAAGGAACUUAUCCAGUGAAGAAGUCGCAAGACCCAGGCGUUCCACCCCAACUCCAGAACUUACAAGCAAGAAGCCUCUGGAUGACACUCUGGCCCUUGCUCCCCUCUUCGGUCCACCAUUAGAAUCAGCUUUUGAUGAGCAGAAGACGGAAGUUCUUUUAGAUCAGCCUGAGAUAUGGGGUUCGGGCCAACCAAUUAACCCAAGCAUGGAGUCGCCAAAGCUAGCAAGAUCUUUUCCCACUGGAACACCUCCACCUCUGCCUCCAAAAACUGUCCCAGCCACCCCGCCUCGAACGGGCUCCCCCUUAACAGUUGCAACAGGAAAUGACCAGGCAGCCACAGAGGCCAAAAUUGAGAAACUUCCAUCCAUCAGUGACCUGGACAGCAUUUUUGGGCCAGUGUUGUCCCCCAAGUCUGUUGCCGUUAAUACUGAAGAGAAGUGGGUCCAUUUUUCUGAUGCAUCCCCGGAACAUGUUACUCCAGAGUUGACUCCAAGGGAAAAGGUGGUGACCCCACCAGCUGCAUCAGACAUCCCAGCUGACUCCCCAGCUCCAGGCCCACCUGGCCCCCCAGGCUCUGCAGGUCCCCCAGGGCCUCCUGGUCCUCGCCAUGUACCAUCUCCGCUCAAUUUAGAAGAAGUCCAGAAGAAAGUCGCUGAGCAGACCUUCAUUAAAGAUGAUUACUUAGAAACGCUCUCAUCUCCUAAAGAGUGUGGGUUGGGACAGAGAGCAACUCCACCUCCCCCACCACCACCCACCUACAGGACUGUGGUUUCGUCCCCCGGACCUGGCUCGGGCAGUGGUACGGGGACCACCAGUGGUGCAUCUUCUCCUGCUCGGCCAGCCACCCCCUUAGUUCCUUGCAGCAGCACCACUCCGCCUCCACCUCCUCCCAGGCCUCCAUCCAGGCCAAAGCUACCUCCAGGAAAGCCUGGAGUCGGAGAUGUGUCCAGACCUUUUAGCCCACCCAUACACUCCUCCAGCCCUCCUCCGAUAGCACCCUUAGCCCGGGCUGAAAGCACUUCUUCAAUAUCGUCAACUAAUUCACUGAGCGCCGCCACCACUCCCACAGUUGGUUCCUCCAGGGGGCCCAGUCCUCUGACUAUGGGGGCCCAGGACACCCUCCCGGUUGCAGCAGCUUUCACAGAAACUGUCAACGCCUACUUCAAAGGAGCGGAUCCAAGCAAGUGCAUUGUUAAGAUCACAGGAGAAAUGGUGUUGUCCUUCCCUGCUGGUAUCACCAGACACUUUGCCAACAAUCCAUCCCCAGCUGCUCUGACUUUUCGGGUGAUAAAUUCCAGCAGGUUAGAGCACGUCCUGCCGAACCCCCAACUUCUCUGCUGUGAUAAUACACAAAACGAUGCCAAUACCAAGGAAUUCUGGGUAAACAUGCCAAAUCUGAUGACUCACCUAAAGAAAGUCUCUGAACAAAAACCCCAGGCUACAUACUAUAAUGUGGACAUGCUCAAAUAUCAGGUGUCUGCCCAGGGCAUUCAGUCCACACCUCUGAACUUGGCGGUGAACUGGCGAUGUGAGCCUGCGAGCACUGACCUGCGCAUAGACUAUAAGUACAACAUGGACGCCAUGGCCACCGCGGUGGCCCUUAACAAUGUGCAGUUCCUGGUCCCCAUAGACGGAGGAGUGACCAAGCUUCAGGCUGUGCUUCCUCCAGCAGUCUGGAAUGCUGAACAACAAAGAAUAUUAUGGAAGAUUCCUGAUAUCUCCCAGAAGUCAGAAAACGGAGGCGUAGGUUCUUUACUGGCGAGAUUUCAGUUAUCCGAAGGCCCGAGCAAACCCUCCCCGUUAGUUGUGCAGUUCACGAGUGAAGGAAGCACUCUCUCUGGCUGCGACAUUGAGCUUGUGGGAGCAGGCUACCGGUUUUCACUCAUUAAGAAGAGGUUUGCUGCAGGAAAAUAUUUGGCAGAUAACUAAUAAACAGUUAUGCAAGGAUUUGGAAGAUCCAUGCCCCGGAGAACUGUUGUUUGAGAGACAUGCUUUAAUCUGGUUUCAUGAAAACAAGCCGAUGUCCGUACCUGGGGGUCUGUCAGCUGGAAGGGCCUGGCUUUCAGCAGUGACUUCCUGCACCCCGUACUAUGAUGAUCAGUUCUACAGUAUUUACUUAUAGGUGUAAUAUUUGUUAAUGGUUUUAAAAUGUAAUUAUUGUAUUUGUAAACUGUACCUUCAUUCCAGUAAGGCAGUUAGACACUUGGGUUUUAGCCUUUUCCAUUCCUGAAACGGAUGUAAUUUAAACUGUGGUAUGUAAAUUUCAUAGUAGUACUGUUGAACGGCACAAUGCUUACAGAGAUACAGUGCAUUUUGUCAAUAUAUAAAAUUUAAAUAUAAUGUUGAUAGUUAUCAUAAAGGGGGUGCCACACAUCAAGAACCUUAAACGGAACCAGAAACAAAACACCCAACUUGCUUUCCUUCACUCUUUACUAUGUUCCCCUGUAGUGCUAAAGACAACUUCUAGCUUCGGUUUAGUGGGUUAAAUUCAGAAACUAUUUCAGAAAAAUAAUUCUAAAGUUACAGCAUAUUCAAAGAGAAACAUUAAUUACCACUUUUUAAAGAGCUUUUUUUUCAAACUGCAAAUUUCAUAAAAAUGCAAACUGUGUAAACAGGGCCUCUUAUUUUUAUAACUUGUGUAAAAAGGGAAAAGCAAUUCAUAUUUAAAGUUUAAGUAUAUUAAAUUAUAUCCACGAGUGCAGAGGAUGCUGAAAUCUUACCUGACCCCAAGCCCCUUCUCUGCAGUUUGGCAAAUGUGGAGAUUGCUAAGUCAUCAGAUUAAAGCCAACAUGAUUUUUAAAGUUUUGAGACUCUCUGUAGCUGAAGUGGUUGAAACUUGCACAAUUGCUCAGAACAGAGGGGCCUCCCUUGUCCAGUAUCCAGGGGCGGGUACCUUGUUUCUUCUUUACUGGUGAGAAUCGAACCACAGAAACAUGGAGGGGAAAAAAAUGUUCCCUGUUCCAUCCAAAAGGAAAAUUUUAAACUUAUCAUUUACAUUUUGGGGGGAAGGAAGAAAUAAACUUUAUAAAUGAAAUUCUAUUCACCUUAUUAUCCUAUAAGUAUUUUUGAAAGAUUUUAAGAUUCAUCAUAUACAACUGUGAAUCUUCACCAUUCUUGGGGAAUUAAAAGCAGAGCCAGGACAGUGGCCUUGAACAUCAGUAAAUGCCACAGUUCUAGAGCAGGGGUUGGGAGGGAGGUGUCUACCCCACUGGAGGGGAAUCAGAGCAGUGUCGGUUGAGGCAUAAAGAAUAUGUCUUCCAGUAAAUCACAAGUUAUUUUAAACAGAGAACAGUUUCUGUUCAAGGCUCUCCUAUUAAACAACUCCACCUGAGUUGGGGUGUGCAUUGUUGGCUGCUGAAUCUGAUUUUGUAUCCACUCAAAUUUGACAAGGGGUCAUCAGCUCCUUUCAAUUUUAGAAUCAAAUUAAAAAUUUUUUAAGUCUUACUUCAACAGUGAGAUUGUGGUUGGCAGUCGUUUCUAGUGAGCUCUGUAGAUUUAUCUGUGUUCUCUUCAAUCAAUGCUUACUACCAAAAGGAUAUCUAAGGUGAUCCAUUUUUACCUGCGAACAGUUCAUCUAUUUAAAACAGGCUCUUGCCUAAUUCCCCAAAGCAGCCUGGCUUUGAAGGUUUUUUGAACAAACUAAUUUGUUUACAAAAAAAUUUGGCUUCGAAACCGAAAUAGAGAAAUAAAAUGUAAAUUUUAAAUCUAAUGGAACAUGUGGAAAUGAAAAAAACUUCGACCAAUGGAGAGUAAGAAGCAGAAAAAUGAAGCUUAUCUAGAAUGUGAUUAUACAAUGUUUUUAAGUAGUCAAUUCAUGGAAAAAAUAUUGAAUAUUAACACAAAGCAUAUUAAAAAUAUGUAAAUAUUA